UUCACAGACCGGUCCUGGGAGGCGGCGGCGCCGCCGCGGGGAGAGAGGGAACACCGGCUCCCUGGCUUUGGCUCUGUUUCUUCUCCAUUAAGCCUUCACAGGUCAAAAAGCACAGACAUUAGAUUCAUGGUGUGUGAGCUGGCUGCAUCACUUUUGGAGGUCAUCGAAACAUUUUUUUCCUGAAGCCGGGGACGAGCCAGCGGGAUUGCUAACCGAGCUAACGUUCGUUAACUCGUCCUCCUCCUCCUCCUCGACGAAACCGACGAACUGAUUUAUUUCCUGUUCUUGUCUCCAGUCUUCUCCAGUCCUGGGCUUGGAGGUCCCGGCCGUUGCCAUGGAUCCGGGCAGCUGGAGCGGCAGCGAGAGUGGCGGUGAGGAUAUCGAGCGAAUGAGCGACUCAGCAGAUAAGCCCCUGGACAAUGAUGCCGAGGGCGUGUGGAGCCCUGACAUCGAGCAGAGCUUCCAGGAAGCUCUGGCCAUCUACCCGCCCUGCGGCCGCCGGAAAAUCAUCCUGUCUGACGAAGGGAAGAUGUACGGUCGUAAUGAACUGAUAGCCAGAUACAUCAAACUGAGGACCGGAAAGACAAGAACGAGGAAACAGGUUUCGAGUCACAUUCAGGUUCUCGCACGAAGAAAGUCCAGAGAACUUCAGGCUAAACUAAAGGUCACUAAUUUGGAUCAAAGCGUGAAGGACAAAGCGCUCCAGAGCAUGGCGGCUAUGUCUUCUGCUCAGAUCGUCUCAGCCACGGCCAUCCACAACAAGCUGGGGCUGGCCGGCCUUCCUCAGCCCAGCUUCCCCGGAGCACCAGGGUUUUGGCAGCUUUCAACGGGGCAUCCGGGAUCUUCACAAGACGUUAAGCCAUUCGCACAGCAAGCCUACCCCAUUCAGACGGCCACCGCUAUAUCAGGUUUUGAGCCCCCAACAGCGCCUACAGCCAGUCCACCAGCGUGGCAGGGCCGCUCCAUUGGCACAUCCAAACUACGGCUGGUAGAGUUCUCUUCAUUCCUGGAGCAGCAGAGAGACCCAGAGGCUUACAACAAGCACCUGUUCGUACACAUUGGUCAGACAGACCACUUGCACAUUGAUCCCCUGCUGGAGUCGGUGGACAUUCGUCAGAUCUAUGAUAAGUUCCCUGAGAAGAAAGGAGGCCUGAAGGAUCUGUUUGCGAAGGGCCCCCAGAAUGCCUUCUUCUUGGUCAAGUUUUGGGCGGACCUGAACUGCAACCUGCAGGAAGAUUCUGGCGCGUUCUACGGAGUGACCAGUCAGUAUGAGAGUCCAGAUAACAUGACCAUUACCUGCUCCACCAAAGUGUGCUCCUUUGGCAAGCAGGUGGUGGAGAAAGUGGAGACAGAGUAUGCCCGCUUUGAGAACGGCAGAUUCGUGUACAAAAUAAACCGCUCGCCCAUGUGCGAGUACAUGAUCAACUUUAUCCACAAGCUCAAACACCUGCCUGAGAAGUAUAUGAUGAACAGUGUGUUGGAGAACUUCACCAUCCUGCUGGUGGUCACAAACAGAGAAACCCAGGAGACGCUGCUGUGUAUGGCCUGCGUGUUUGAGGUAUCGAACAGUGAGCACGGUGCGCAGCAUCACAUCUACAGACUGGUCAAAGAAUGAGACGCCCUCUCUCUCCGUCUCUCUCGCAUACACGGACACUCAAAGAAACCCUGAGGACACUCGGUCAGCGAGCUGCUGCCCAGCACUAACUCUGUCCACAGAGACGCGACGUGCCGUGGUUUCAGACCGGCUCGGAGACUCUGGUCCAUCCGAAAGAGAAUACGGACAUCUGAAGUGGCUGUGCCUCUGGACUUAAACACACAAAGCAUCCAGCGUGCUGUCGCCGUAUCUGGACGGGACUGUUAUUAAUGACACCUGUUAUUAUUUGUUGUGUCCUGUGUUUUCUGAAUCUACACGGGUGUGAGUGACUCUAAAAAUGGAGGUACGGUUUUGUUACUUUUUUUCAUUUAACACUGACAUUUUUUUUUUUUUAUCUCUUUGAAGAAUUAUUGUUUUUACAAACAGAUUUCAUCGUACAAGAAACUUCUCCCCAACAGAUACUCAAAAAAACAACUCCCAUGUUCUUUCCUUCAACACUUUUAGCCGUGCUUAGUGACUUUACCGUGAAAUUAAGCAUUUAUUUAACAUCGUGUGCCAUACGAAACACAGUGGCCCAUUUUAAAGUGAAAGUAGCACCAGAACGCCGCUGCGAGGGACCCGAGCGUUUUUACAACGGACAAUUAAAAAUACCUUCAGUUGACGAAUUAACUGCCAGAAAUGUUGCGUCUUUUAACUGUAAUGAUCCGAAUAUUGUGGUUAAGUGGGCGUGGUUUCACUCUAAAUGCAUCAUGGUAGUACCCACAUUAAUCAUCAAGCUAAUUUGGAUGGCUGUUUUGAUCAGUGCUCCCAGUCCAGCAUUUCUCCUGCACCAUGGAGUUUAUCAGCUACUGAAUGAGGUGCUUAACCCUUAGACGUCACAGUGAAUUGCGACAGUUGCAUGUUGUAAUUUCACAUUCAUUACUUCUUAAUUUGAAUCCACAGCAGGUUUGUUGCUGUAAGUGAAAGAUAUUUACUCGUGAGUCAGAUUUGGUGAAGUUAUUGUCCUGCAGACGUUUGUUUUGCAGAAAGAAAGAAGGACAUUACACUUUGAAGAUGAAUGUAAUCCAUUUAGCUAAUUCAGUUCGUUAGUGUAUCAAAAUAACUCGACCUCUAAGGGUUAAAGCAGAGAGAACCCUGACCCGUGCAGUGCAGGGGGUCUGUGGGUGAGGUGUGGCGCUGAUCCGGUUCCUGAUGGGCCCUCUGACAUUUUCCACUGCCUUUACCUUGUUGAGCCUUCAGUUUAUUGCUCUUUUUCUCCAGAUGAAGCUGUGAAUGUGAAUCCUAAUGUUGAAAAAAAAGCACAUGACUGGAUGGAAGUAAACACAGCAACAUAGCCAAAGUUAGUCUGUGGUGCCUUAGACUUUUUAAUGCAAGAUCUGUUUGUCCAGUUCAGUUCUGGGGGAAGUGUAUAAAUAUCUACAGCUGUAAAUCCAUCCUGUACAAAGCAGUGAGAUGCAUAACGUCUUUGCGUCAGGCUGAGAUGCGCACAGUGUCGGCCUGUCCCAGAAUUCACACCUGCGUUGUGUGCUUUGCGCUACGUUCUUAACAAGAAGUGGUUUAUAUAGUACUUAAAAGGAUUUUAUGACAAUUUUGUAACAAUAACAAAAUACUAAUAUUUUUAAAUGGUUUUAAUCAGCCAUGCAAAGAACCAUUUAUGCAUUCAAGUGGUUAUUGCAACGUUCAUGAUUCAACAAGUAACCACUGCCUUUACAAAAGAGCCUCUAAACGACCACUUUAAGUGUCCGAUUUCUUACAGAGGAGCGGUCAGCAAGUCCACACCACAUCAAAGGGGUACUGAGCUAAAUGUGUACAGUUAAAAAUCCCCAGUCGAAUUGUUUCGUUGAUGCUUGCAGUGAGCAGACGUACACAUCCUCCAAAUUUUAGUCCAUCGUAAAACAAACAAAUGUGCCGUUACUUUCACAAAGGCUACGUUUCGUUUGAUCUUUUUCCAGGAUGUUAAAUCCAGCAAGUGAACUUGCAUUAAAAUAUGCAGCAGCGUGUUCUCCGUGGAGGAUGUGUUCGCUUAUUUACACCUAAAAUUCACGACUAACUUCACAGAAAUGUAACCAAACAGACUUUUGCGUACAACUGCGUCCCGCAGUGUGUUUAGAAGAUAGCGGGCGUAACGUUAACAUCGCCAGAAGGUCCUCGUGCAUGUCUGACGAAUUGGAGCAUAAACAUAAAACGCAAGCGUGGACUUGGGACCAGCCGACGGACUAAUAUUGCCUUUCAGUAGUACACCAAAAAUACUGCAGCAUGUCAAGUCAGUGCAGCUCAUGUGCUGCACCAUAGAAGUGCCUUUGGUGUGGAGCCAAGAUUCCAGCUUAAACGAGAAGGAAAUUUAAAAUCACCAAGUCCAGGCAAAGGGAACCCCACAAUACCGAGUCCUAUAAAACUGCAACGUCGUCUGUAACAAGUAAGGCAGAUGUACCGAGUUCUGUUGUCAUGCCAUAUUUUUUUUAAAUAUAUUUAUAUAUAUUCUUUUUUUAUGAUACGACUGUUGGAAGCUCAGCGCUUUUGUUUGUUGAUGCUUUAGUGGAUUCAACAGUCACUCAUCACAAUGUUAAAGACACAGUGAUGCAACACACCUUACGCUGUUUCUCUAGUGACUGCUGUCCAAUGGCUUCAGCCCUUCAUGACGGUAGUUCUGAGGUUUGAUAGUUAUCAGUUACAGUAAUGCUUUGAUGUCAGAUUAAUCCGUUUGUCUCUUUUGAUGCUCCAUAACGCAUUAGUUAACACAGCAGUCUGAACCAGUCGCUUUACCUUGAUUGUUAAACACUGGUCAGGCUGACCGUCUGAGUCUAACUAAGCAGAUGUAUUAAAGGACUUUCCAGUGUUUUUCCAGCCUGCACCUGCUGCUACUCCAGCCGUGUGGCUGACUACCACAAACGAUCAUUUUACUUAGGAAAAUCUGUAGAACAGAGAUGUAAACACACUUAACAGAAGCCUAGAGGCAGUUGCUGAAUUCCAUGAAUACAUAUUCGACUCAAAGUCUGACUUUUACACUCCAAUAAUACAGUCAGACACGAGAGAACGUCUGACCAAGUGUGUUUCUGGCGUUUCAGCCCAAUUUUGAACACUGACGUUCUGGUUUGACUUUCUGGAAAAACUUUCCUCCAGAGAAGUCGGUAAUACGUCUGACUGAACAAUGUGAGUUUACUCCUGUGGACUGCCUAUUGGCUUAAUGCUUAAUGUUUAAGUGCCCAUGAUCACCCCCCCCCCCUCCCACACAACACAGCGGCGUAUUAAAGGUCCAUGUAGACGGAUGUGGUCAGUUAAUUUCACUUGGAAACAAAAUGAUGUGACCCGUUUUUCAGGGGAUUUUUUUCCCAAGUGAAUAUUUUGUUUAUGUUGUUUAGGAAACUGUCGCAGUGGUUCUCUAACCAGUCGUCACGGACCCCCAGACAGUCUGCUCUAUUCCUCUGUUGUAUUUUAGGUAAGGGCAAAUAUUUGGACCAUCUUGGGGGCCUUAGGACUGGUUUGAGAGCCACUGGUCUAAGAUGAUCAGUCGUACACUACAAACGCAUCAGACAGAGAUUUGGUUGAAAAACACUGGGGCGUCCCUUUAAAGCUCGGAUGUGUUUGCCGUUUGUAACCCAGCAGAUAUGAAAGGCCGUUAGAUCUCACAGCUGCAGCGUUUUUCCAGGGACGACUAACACCAGCACUACUGAACGACACACAGCUGUAUAUAAUACUGUAAUGUGAUAUACAGCACUGACCGGCCCGUUUACCAUGUGUAAGUGCUGCAGGGGGCGCUGGAGGCAGAAGAUGCGGCCCAGCGUCGUAAUCCGAGUGUGGACAGCUUGUCGGUGUCAAGCUCCAGUUUUUGGUUUUUGUCUGUCACCAUGUAGGUACUGGUACCUUUUAGUGUGUGAUCAUAUGAUGUGUUUGCUUUUAAGUGAAUGCUUGUUCAGAAAGAACUGAAACGAGCUCGAGUUUAUUUUUUUUUAUUAAGAUGGGAAAUGUAUGUAAAAUAAAAUUCUGUAUCUCAUUCUUCUGUACAGGUGUUGCUUAUGUCUUUCUUUCUUAUUUUUCAGAUGAAGGCAUGGCACAGAAUAAUGAAAGUAAACUUUGUGUAUGUGUUCGUUUGGUACCGCAAAUUAGCUAUUUUGGCUUUUUUUUUCAAUAUUUUCUCUUGAAUAAAUAAAAAACAAAUACAUUUU